GCCAUCUCCUUUCCUCUGGAGCACCUGGUGAGAAAGAUGUGGCUGAAGUUUCUUUUGGCUAUUCUCCUGCAUGUAACAGCUGCAAAGGAACCUGAGCCGCAGUAUGUCUUGAUGGUUCCUGCAGUCCUCCAAAGUGACUCUCCAGGUCAAGUUUGCCUGCAGUUCCUUAACCUCAACGAGACACUAUCUGUCAGAGUCAGCCUGGAAUACGGUGCUGUUAACACUACUAUCUUUGAGAAAACCCUGUCAGCAAGCAAUGGUCUACAGUGCUUCAGCUUCACGGUUGCUCGUGUCCGUUCUGCCCCACUGGCUUUCAUUUCCUUCUCAGCCAGGGGCACCGCAGUCAGCCUGGGAGAGCGGCGGUCGGUGAUGGUCUGGCACCCGGAGAGCAUUGUCUUUGUGCAGACAGACAAACCCAUCUACAGGCCGGGGCAGAGAGUGAUGUUUCGUGUUGUUGCGCUGGAUUUCAAUUUUAAACCUGUGGAGGAGCUGUACCCUUUGAUUGCAGUUCAGGAUCCCCGGGGCAACAGGAUCUUUCAGUGGCAAAAUGUGACCUCAGAGACGAAGAUUAUCCAGAUUGAAUUUGCAUUAACUGAAGAGCCCAUCUUGGGGAACUACAAGAUUACUGUAGUAAAGAAGUCAGGAGAUAAAACAAAUCACUCUUUCCUGGUGGAGGAGUAUGUGCUGCCAAAAUUCGAUGUCACAGUCACUGCACCUGACAGCCUCACAGUCCUGGAUUCAGAGUUCACAGUGAAAGUCUGUGGAGUGUACACCUAUGGCCAACCUGUUGAAGGGAAAGUCCGGCUCAGUGUGUGCAGGGACUUUGAUUCAUAUGGGAGGUGCAAACGAAGCCCAGUUUGUCAAUCAUUUAACAAAGAUCUGGAGGCAGAGGGCUGCCUCUCCCAGGCCUUCGGCUCUGACAUCUUUGAGCUGAAUCGCAUUGGAUACAGGAGGAGUCUUGUGGUGAAAGCUGCUGUCACAGAGAAAGGAACAGGCCUGCGGCUCACAGCUACUCAGUCGAUCCCCAUAACUCGGGUGAUGAGCACCAUACACUUUGAGAACAUGGAUCACCACUACAGAAGAGGAAUUCCUUACUGUGGACAGAUCAAGUUGGUAGACAAAGACAACUCUCCUCUUUCCCGCGAGGUUAUCCAGCUGUUUGUCAAUAACAGGCAUACAGACAACCUGACCACCAAUGACAAUGGCACUGCAGAGUUCAGCAUUGACACAUCCAAUAUGUUUGAUCCUGAGAUCACUCUCAAAGCAGUUUAUAAGAACAGUGAGCAGUGCCACUUUGAAGGCUGGGUAGAGCCUUCCUACCCUGAUGCAUCUGUCUCCAUUCAACGUUUUUACUCCUGGACCAGCAGCUUUCUGAGGAUUGAGCCUUUGUGGAAAGACCUGAGCUGUGGGCAGAAAGUGAGGAUCAUUGUGCACUAUGUCUUGAACAUGGAAGGAUACAAGAACAUGAACAUUAUGAACUUCUACUAUGUGGGCAUGGCAAAAGGCAAGAUCGUCCUCACAGGGGAAAUCAAAGUUAAUAUCCAAACUGGUAAAAAUGGCACUUUCACCAUCCCACUUGAGGUCAGCGAGGAGAUGGCUCCAGCUCUUCAGCUGUUGGUAUAUACUUUACAUCCUGCCAAGGAGCUGGUAGCAGACAGUGUCCGCUUUCCAGUUGAGAAGUGCUUCAAAAACAAGGUCUGGCUGCAAUUCUCUGAGAAGCAAAUGCACCCAGCUUCCAAGGUCAGGUUAGUCAUCAAAGCUGCUCCCAACUCCUUCUGUGCCCUGAGGGCAGUGGAUCAGAGCGUGCUGCUCCUCAAGUCUGAGACAGAGGUGUCUGCAGAAACGAUAUACAACCUCCAUCCCCUGCAAGACUUUCAAGGCUACAUCUUCAAUGAGCUCAAUCUAGAAGAUGACCCUGAAGACCCCUGUGUCUCGUCUGACAACAUCUUUCACAAAGGCUUGUAUUACACACCUGUGACAUCUGGAUUAGGCCCAGAUGUGUAUCAGUUCCUCAGGGAGAUGGGAAUUAAACUUCUUACCAACUCCAGGGUUCGGCAACCAGUGGUGUGCUCUAGUGAGACUGUGAGACCUUCAUCCUAUUUCCUGAAUUCGGGAUUCAUGGAUUCUACACACCAUGUCAAGUCAUCAGCUGAAGUUGCUAGAGAGGAACGUGGCAAGAGCCUCGUCCUUGAGACUGUGCGGGAAUUCUUCCCCGAAACUUGGAUCUGGGAUAUAGUCCCAGUUAGCUCUGCUGGGAAAGCUAGUGUCUUAUACGUCACCCCUGAUGCCAUCACUGAGUGGAAGGCCACUGCCUUCUGUGUUGAAGAGCUGGCUGGAUUUGGUCUGUCUGCGCCUGCCACCCUGACAGUCUUCCAGCCUUUCUUUGUGGACUUAACCUUGCCAUACUCUAUCAUCCAAGGAGAGGAUUUCCUGCUUAGAGCCAACGUCUUCAGUUACCUCAACCACUGCACUAAGAUCAAUGUUUCGCUGGCAGAGUCCCGUGAUUAUCAAGCCAAACUCAUCUCCCAGGAGGAUGAUGGAUGCAUAUGUGCCAAACAAAGACAGACAUAUGUCUGGAAUGUUUUCCCCAGACAAAUUGGAAAUGUGCAGUUCAGCAUCACUGCAGAGACUGAGGGUGAUGGACACUGUGGAGAUGAAGCAUCUAGGAGCAUCAGUACUGAUUACAAGGACACCCAGAUCAGAACGCUAUUGGUUGAGCCUGAAGGCAUCAGAAGGGAAAAGACUCAAACCUUCCUAAUCUGUACAAAAGAUGAUGCAGUCGUUCAAGAUAUUGCUCUAGAUCUACCUACAAAUGUGGUGGAAGGGUCAGCCAAGGCUUCCUUUUCUGUUGUUGGUGACAUCAUGGGCACUGCCAUGCAGAACGUGCACCAGCUCCUCCAGAUGCCAUUUGGCUGUGGGGAACAGAACAUGGUCCUCUUUUCACCCAACAUCUAUGUCCUGGACUAUCUGAACAAGACAAGGCAGCUGAGUGAGGAGGUCCAAUCCAAGGCCAUUGGAUACUUAGUGAGCGGCUACCAGAAACAACUGUCAUACAAACAUCCUGAUGGAUCCUACAGCAUCUUUGGCAUCAGAGAUAAAGAAGGGAACACCUGGCUCACAGCCUUUGUGUACAAGUCAUUUGCACAAGCGAGUCGCUUCAUCUACAUUGAUGACAACGUCCAGGCUCAAACCCUGACGUGGCUAGCAAGCAAACAGAAGCCAGAUGGCUGCUUCCGAAGUGUUGGGACACUCAUCAACAAUGCCUUGAAGGGAGGAGUGGAUGAUGAGCUGUCGCUUUCUGCCUACAUCACCAUUGCCAUGCUAGAAGCUCAGCAUUCCAGCUCGUACCCUAUAGUCCGAAAUGCCAUUUUUUGCCUGGAAACUGCAUCUGAGAAGAAUAUCAGCAGCACCUACACUCGGGCACUCAUGGCCUAUGCUUUCUGCUUGGCUGGCAAGGCAGAGAAAUGUGAAGCGUUCCUUAGAGAGCUACAGAAAUCAGCAAAGGAAGUUGAUGGUUCACAGCACUGGGAGCAGGAGGAGAGGUCUCUCUCAGAAAAAUCUCCCUCCUUCCUUGACCAUGCCCCAUCAGCUGAAGUUGAGAUCACCAGCUACAUGCUGCUGGCAUUGCUCUGCAAACCCAACUGGAAUCAAGACGAUCUUACAAAGGCCUCAGGGAUUGUGCAGUGGAUCAUCAGGCAGCAGAAUCCCUAUGGAGGUUUCUCUUCCACUCAGGAUACAGUCAUUGCUCUUCAGGCCCUUGCUGCUUAUGGAGAGGCCACAUACACUUCUGGGGCACAAAAUGUAGUCAAGGUCACUUCCAAAAGACCUUUUGAGAAGGUAUUUACUGUCAACAGUACAAACAGGCUCCUGCUGCAACAGACUUCCCUUCCCGAGGUCCCUGGGAAAUACAGCCUGACAGUGAAUGGCAGUGGAUGUGUGCUUGCGCAAACAGCACUAAGGUACAACAUUCACCUUCUAGAGGGGAGCUUUGGGUUUCUGCUCUCAGUGCAGACAUCAGAUGCUGCAUGCCCACUGGAUCGACCAGCAAAGUUUGACAUUGUCCUCAUCAGCAGUUACACAGGGAAGCACAGAAGCUCCAACAUGGUCAUUAUUGACGUGAAGAUGAUUUCUGGCUUUGUUCCUGUUAAGUCUUCCUUGGAUAAGCUUAUUGAUGAUCAUGAAGUGAUGCAAGUAGAAACCAAGAAAAAUCACCUUCUCCUUUAUCUGGAAAAUAUCACACAGAAGAAAAGGAAAGAAAUCACUUUCUCAGUGGAGCAGGACUUCAUCGUGAGCCAUCCCAAGUCAGCUGCUGUGCAGAUCUAUGAUUACUAUGAAACAGAAGAGUAUGCUGUUACUCACUACGUGUCACCUUGCAAAGAGGUUGUUGCACAAGUGGACUAAUGACUGGAGAAGGACCAUCAUAAAUGGUAAAGAAGUGAUGGAGCAACUUAUGUUCUUCUGUCAUGAAGUCCUGGAAAGGGUCAUUAUAUCUGACUGAUCACAGUGAGAGUCUGUGACACUGUUUGAGCUGGUGUCUGAUUCUCUGUUUCCUUUCAUGGCACAUCUCACCAGAUCUGUGUCAUAAUCACUUUAUACAUAAUCACAUAAUACUUUUCCAUCAAUAAAC